AUAUUACGAAAAUAACCUAAUGGGAACCAAAUUUAGUAAAUUAAAUAUCUCAAGUAGAGAUUCCAAUUACAAAAAUUGUUCGUAUUGUAAUAAACCCUUUACUGAAAAAUUGUGGUGUAAAGAAUGUGACAAAUUUAGAAUAAUGGAAGGAUGGACAAGUGAAAAUCCUGAUAUUGAUAAGUUUAUAAAAGAUACUAUUUGUAAGCCAGCAGGAUGGGACAAAAAAUAUAGCCAUGAUUUUCUUGAAUGGGUACCAUAUGAGAGGUUUGCAGAUAUAAAAGAAAUUGGUGAAGGUGGAUUUGCCAAAGUAUAUUCUGCAACUUGGAUUGAUGGUAAAUCAUCUUAUGAUAAACAAAGUGAUGGAAGUUGGAAAAAAAGGGAACCCAAAUCUAUAAAAGUUGCCUUGAAAAAGAUAAAUGGAUCACAGAAUAUAUCAGAUAAAUAUUUAAAUGAACUUAAGAUACAUUGGAAUAUAUCUAAAAAUAACGGAUUGAGUUUCUAUGGACUAACUAAAUACCCAGAAACUAAAGAAUUUGUGAUGAUAAUACAAUUUGCUGAUAAAGGAAAUUUGAGAAGUAUUCUUUCAAAAAACUUUAACAACAUUAAGUGGUUAAAUAAAAUUGGUUAUUUACUUGGUAUACUCGUAGACCUACGAAAUUUACAUAGAUUAGGAUAUUUACAUAAAGAUUUUCAUAGUGGAAAUGUCUUAAAAACUAAUAUUGGCGAAUAUAUUUCAGACUUUGGAUUAUCUGGACCAGCAAAUGAACAAAAAUCAGAUGAUAAAGUAUAUGGAGUAAUGCCAUAUAUUGCUCCAGAAGUCUUGAAUGGUGAACCAUAUAUAUCAUCAUCCGAUAUUUAUAGUCUAGGUGUAGUUAUGGCUGAAUUAUCAUCAGGAAAACCACCUUUUUACAACAAAAAACAUGAUUUAAGCUUGGCAUUAGCCAUAUGUAAUGGACUAAGACCAGAAUUUGGAAAAGACACUCCUGAAUUUUAUAAAAAAUUAGUUUAUAAAUGCAUGAAUGCCAAUCCAAAUGAAAGACCAACAGCUGAAGAAUUACACAAUAUAGUUGGAUUUUGGUAUGAGUCUAUUAGAAAUGAGAAUGACGAAGAAGAAAAAUUCGGUUAUAAAGGAAACGAAAUUAAAGCAGGAUUUGAAGAAGCUGAUAAAGAAAUACCAAAUAUCUCAACUUCGUACGAGAAGAAUUCAGAUGCCGUAUAUACUAGUAGAGCGUUUACAUUUAGUAAUCUAUUACCAAAACCUGUUAAUUCAUCCAUUAUUACUUCAUAUGUUAAUAAUGAAGUUUGUGACUCUCAAUUAAUCGAUUUGGAAGUAUCUAAUUCAAUACAAUUAAGAGACAGUAACGAUGAAAGUAAAGUUGAUGAUUUAGUGAAUUAGUGAAUCGAAUAUUUAUUAUUUAUUUAUAAGCUAUAUUAUAAUUGGCAGCUUAAUUUCUUUAUAAUUUUCCUUGACACUUCAAAAAUUUAUCAUAAAUAUCAGCUCUGACAUGUGAGAAACCUUCACGUCCUACUUGUUGGUUAGAUGAUUUAAGGAAUAUUAUUGGCUUUAAAUCACGUUCCGAGCUUUUAUUAUUAGAGUUAUUAUAUAAAGGUAAAAUCACAAAAUCAGACAUUUAAAAAUAAACAUUUAAAAGAAUAAAGAAUAUUUUUUUUUUUAUUCUGCAAUCUAAGCAAAACUUUUAAAUGAACUAACAACUUAUAAAC